CACGUCCAUGCGCCGGCUGGCGGAGCCAUGCGGCCUGGGAGGGCACGCCGGUCCACGGACCCGGCCCAGGGAGCCGGCGGGCGACGCGGUGUCCUCAUCCAUGGUGCAUGUAUAAAUAGGUUCCUCCUCCGUCGACUCUGCACGCCUUAUCACCACACAACCCCAUACACACACAGUUCCUCAGAUUACGAUUACGACCGAGGAAGAGGAAGAGCAAGAGGAAUAGGAGGAAGAAGAUAUAAUAUGGCCCUGGGAGACGACUCUCCGGCCUCCUACAUCCGCAUGGUGCACCAUCUGAUAGAGAAGUGCAUGACGUUCAGGAUGAGCAUGGAGGAGUGCAUGGAGGCGCUGUCCAAGCGCGCCGACGUUCAGCCGGUCGUCACCUCCACAGUGUGGAAAGAGCUGGAGAAGGAGAACAAGGAGUUCUUCGACAGCUACAACAAGCAGUUGAGAUCAGAAGGCCGAAGCAGCAGCAACAGCAGCAGCGACAGCAGCUCCUAAUGACCAACAGGAGAUGCGUGCUGCUUGCUCUAGAUGUUGGCCGUUCUGCACUUAGUAGAACGAAUAAUUAGAAGAUCGACGGCGCGGGAGGUCAGCUAACGCGACGCGAUCUGUGUGGUGGUGCAUGUACAGGGUCAGGUUGGCAGGUAUCAAAAGCCAGCUCGUACUGUUGCGAUCGGAUUCAAGCAACGCAUUACGCCACGCAAAAAAUGCUCUGCUCCUGCAA